AUGGCGACAUUUGUGGUUCUCAGUUUGUUCCUCGUACGACGCUGCCACCCCCCAGAAUUACUUGAUGCAAUUGUACAUGGAGACACUUUGAGUGAUCAAGGUGUCAUCACUACAAAGAAGAUCGUAUUACAGGGAUUCAACACUGUUGUGAAGUAUGGACGCAACGUUCGUGAAAGCGAGGCUGAAGUAAUGAACUUCAUUCGCGAAUAUGCUCCGUCUGUUCCAAUUCAGGUUCUCGGUACUUAUCAAACCGAGUCACACGAACCAGACAAAAUAAUAGAGACGUAUAUAGUCUCACAGUGGGUAGAUGGUGAAAACUUGGAGGAGGCCUGGGACGAGCUUAGUGGUGAUGAAAAAGACAUUGUCUUUGGACAACUACGAGAGAUGGUCUUCCGGCGCCUUACUCCUCUUGGAGAGUCGUAUUAUGUUGGCGGGGCGGGACAUAAACCAUGCACGGAUCAUAUCAUCUUUGAUCAAGGUCCCUUCACAGAUAUCUCGUCCUUCAAUACAGCAUUACUCGAGAUCGCAAGCCCUUAUUUCCGCUGGAACUGGUUAUCCAUAGUUGAACGUUCUUUGGCUCGCACCAAUGCGUACUGUAUUGUUUUUACUCAUGGCGAUCUCCACAUCUCGAACAUUCUAGUCCAUCGCACAGCCUUGGACGAUGGUGAACAGCGAUGGGGAAUAGCAGCACUGAUCGGUUGGGAGUGUGCAGGGUGGUAUCCGGAGCAUUGGGAAUAUGUGAAGGCUUUGAGUAGUGUGAGAUGGCGGAGUGUGAUUGGGCGGCUCAUGUUCAGAAUCUACUGGAAAGACAUUAUGACGAGGAAUUCCUGA